GAGACUAUUUAAACCACUGCCCGCGAAAAAAUACACGAAUGAUCGUCUUUCUGACGCCUUCUGAGAGGGUCGGCUGGUUUCAUUUAAUGUUAUUCUGCCCAGGUCAUCAACACAGCGUUUGAUACUAGUUUAUUCUGCUCACAGUUCGCGGGGACUGUCCUGUCGGUUUGGAAGAACUAUCCGCGUCUCAGGUGGCUGAUAUCCUGUUUUCUUCUCACGGUGACGGACAACUUCAUGGACAUUUAGAUUUUGGUAUCCUAAAACAUAUGAUACGAUUUUGAAUCAGGUUUCCUCAUUACCAUACGGAAGUGGCAUCUUUGUUUGUGCUGCUGGCAGAAUUGAACUGUGCUGUUGCCAGAACAUAAAACCAUGGGAGAUCUAGGGCAGAAACAACAGAAACUGGACCCAUUUUUAAAGAAGAUUACUAGUCCAAGUAACACUUCAAACGACCAACAACAAACUCCUGACCAAUCUCCAGGAGCUGAUGCCAAGGGUAAAUCCUCGGGCAACCAGCCAGGAACAUCUCGCCAAUCUCAGGAUCCUCAUAUCAAGAAAGAAGGACAUGAUGAAAGCCAUUCCUUCCGAUACCGCUUCGGAUACCAACAACGCAGAGUUACAUGCCAUACUCAUGGAACGGUCCUGGAUGCACUGCGAACAAGCACGGAGUUCAAGAAUACGACAAAGACAAGACAGGGGAUGGAGAUAGUCAUCCAGAGAGAGAAAGAACCACGGGCAGCUGUCAGUACACAUUUCCCCUGUCAUUUAAUUGAUAACAAUGAGCUAGUGACAGUCAGCUUCAUCAGAGUUCUAAACGGUGGUUCUUCAGAUACCCGGGGCCUUUACCAACAGAGUAGCCCACCAAAAAUACAACCUGACAAGUUGAUGACUUUCUGUGUUGAAACUGAGGGUGGACAAAAUAUUAAAACUAAAGUCAUGAAAAACCCAGAGCUAAAGAAGAAAUUGAAGUAUGUUUGUGUGUACUGCUACAAAGGGGAAAAGGUGAAGCAAGCCUUGAGGAGAGAUGGGCGAUUUAAUAAAACCGUCUUGAAAACACGCUGUGUUCUUUCUGAGCCAGAGACCGGUGUCGACACAGAGAUGUCCCAGCCAGUUGAUGGUCUUGAUGGGAAAAGUCGUAAAGGUGAAAUGAUGAUUGUGAAGGUGAAACGUAUCGGUCGUGUAUCUCAGCCACAGCCAGAUAGUCUUGAGGAUUGGGACAACACACCAACUGAAGAGCUGUUCGUCCCCUCUGGUGUAACAUCGGAAGCAACUCUCUCUCCUCAGAAUCCUACCACAACAGACACAGUUAAAACAAAGUUACAGGCAAAGGAGGCAGGAAAAGAUGGUAGUUCUCUGGUAGUGAAGCAAAAACGGCAAGAGAUUCCAAACUCUAAAGAGAUCCUAAACAUCCUGCGUUCCCAAUAUGCAAGUUUGGUAGAUCACUUGAAAGAGAGAGAGAAUUUGAAAAAGCCUUCAGACGUGCAACAAUUCUUGAGAGUAGAGUUUGGAAAGAAAACACAGAGCUUCCAAGAGGUGAAGAAAGUGAAGAGACUAAUGGAGCUGAGUGCUUCUGUUUGUCAGGUGAGAAUUGAAGGGACACCAAAAGGAACUGGCUUCCUUCUGUUUGACAAGUUCAUCCUUACAAACGCCCAUGUUGUCCAUCAAAUCUAUGAGCCGAUAACUAACCAGCUGCACCAAUCGGUAACAGUCACGUUUGACUUUGAAGACCUGGAUGAGAGAACGCAGCAGAUAUCAGUGCAAAGUGAGGUUGUAGCCUAUGGAAAAGUUGAUUCGGGUUGUGUUGACUUUGCUCUGCUGGAGCUUAGCUCAGAUCCUGACAUCACCUUGCCUUCAAGCUUGCUUGACACCUUCAGCUUUCCGUCUCUAAAGGGUGGAAUCUGCAUCAUCGGCCACCCCGAGGGCGGGGUGAAAAAGAAAGACCCCUGCUUUAUCAUUCAACAUGGAGAUCGUAAAGAAGCUGUAGAAAAAUAUUUAACAGAAAAUUAGGAAUUCUUUCAUGUCAUAAACAACAGAUAUUUUGAGGAGAAAUGGGACAUCAACACACAUCUACUGAGGGACACAGAAAAGAUGACCUAUGACACCUGUUUCUUCCACGGUGCCUCUGGCUCUCCAGUCUUCAAUGAGUACUGUCAGCUGAUCGCUAUGCAUACAGCAGGCUACUCCUACCAGGGUAAAAGAGGGAAAACCCAGAGUGUCAUAGAGUAUGCCAUUCCCCUGUCAGGCAUACUUGAGGAGAUCAUCAUUCAAGCGGUGCGUAGGAAAAGAGUUGAUGUGCUACAGGAAUUCCUGAGGCGGAGGAGUAUGAAAUUAGACGUAGUGAUGGAAAGAGUCAAGACACAGUCUGAUAAUGCCAGCCUGGUCAAGGCAUUUCAGGAGAAGCUGCCGUUCAACAGUAACUCUUCGGCUACAGAUCAGGGAGAGCAGAGAACCUUCCACCAGUUCCUCUUUGAUAAAGCCACAGGGGUCGACGCCACAGGGGUCGACGUUACAGGGGUCGAAGCCAUGGAGGUGGAUGAUGACCAGUGGUGGAAAAAGUGCCCAGUUGUCAUACUUGAGUAAAAGUAAAGAUGCCUUUAAUAGAAAGUGACUCCAGUGAAUAGUUUUCUUUAGGAAUAUAGUGAAGUAAAAUUCAAAGUUGUCAAAAAUAGAAACAGUAAAGUAAGCUACAGUUAUCCCAUAAAACAACUUAAGUUUAUUUUAAAGUAUUUUUUACUAAAGUACUUUACACCACUGAUGAUAAUGAAAGUAGUGACGUGUAUAUUAUUAAAAUCCAUACUUUUAAUC